CGUCUUCCCUGCCACUGGAGCCGGCCAUGGUUCCGACAAUGUUUCACGCACGCCUGCCUCUCCUCGACCGCACGCGCUGCUCAACCGACCCCAUUCGCUCUCACCUCAUCGACACACUCGCGCAUCCGAAGCAGACGACGUCGCACAGGGCUGGUCCGCUGUGCUUCUCCCAGCGACUCCACGCGUCAGACCAUCACGACUGCCCAGCGCCGACUUGCCUCCAACGGCUGCGACAGGAUCCCAGCAGCGCGGCUCACAGGGCGAGGGGUGCUAGCCACGAGACACACUGAGCAUCGCUCUGCUUCAGCUUCACGCCGACGACUCUCUGUCCUGCCACUCUGUAGCUCUGUCGGAGCUCUGCCACUCGCUUGAUACUGUACAAGAUGGACUCGUAGCGUACAACACAUUCUCUUCCGCAACGAAUACCCCUCGACCUCGCGGCGCCAUCUCCGAGUGGGCACGACAUUUGGGAGUCGAGCAUGGCUUUGGCCGCAGCAGAUCGUGUCAAUUUCAGCAGGCCAAACGCUGAUGUUGGACAGCAUGGUGCGACAGGUCGUGAAAGAGGCAAUGGGCGGCCACGCGGUGCGUCCUUGACAGGCAGGAAUGUGAACAUGGGGAAUGUGACACCGGAUUCGAACAAUGCGCCGGCCCUGCCGCGAGCAGCCUCAUACACCUAUCUGCCAGAUACCAAAACUGGCGAGUACAGCAGCCAUGCCGUCCUCGAGAUCAGAGGCGUGGCAAAAGAGGAUCUCGCAGCCGAGUCCGACAACGACACAGUCGACAUUUCUCCUUCAGAAGCCUCCCCACCAGAAGACAAUUCAGGCUGGAAUACGCCUGAAGACAGCGAACGGCACACAGCUCUCCCGCGUGCAAACGACAUCGCAGCGCAGCUACGGAAGAGCACGGGACAAAGGGAGCCAUGCGAUACGCCAAGCGUCCGCAGCAGUAUAUCGACUAUACACUCAGCUGCUCGCGAGUCUAGGGCGAGUGUAGAAUCCACGAAGACCGCAUCCACUGCCGCGACCACCCCCUCUUCCAGUCAACGUCCUUCCUUCAACAAAUCGUUCUCUCGCCGUUUCUCUGGGAAGUCGUGGUAUCCCUCCUCAUCUUCCACACCUUCAUCCCGAUCUCCUUCGCCGACAAAGGUGGACAGCAUUGUUGAGCAGCCCAUUGCCGAAUCGGAAAAGGAAGAGACUGGCGACGUCACGCCACGGGUGGCAGAUACGGGACGGAGAAAGUCAUUCCAGCUCCGGAAGAAAACGUCGAAAUCAACGAAGGAAAGCAGAGCGAAGAAGGAGAGGCAAGACUCGCUGAGUUCAGGUGAUGAGAAGGGUGAGACGAAGCCUGGAGAGACAGUGGCGAGGAGAGGAACGCUUCUGCGGAAGAAAGCUGCGCGUACCUCUGGAUUGACGCAAGCGACCAAUGAUGGCCGUCAGCAAGAAAACUUGCCUCCUUCACUGGCAAAAGCUCCAGCUGUGCCACAACUACCAAAGUCGUUCUCGACGGACCGAUUGCCCAGCGCCUUCACGGCAUCCAUGAAGGGUGAACGAACAUCGCCUUUACCGAAAACAGUAUCCUCUGAAAAGCAUCACAUGAGUCCCUUAUCGAGCAAUAAGAAGAAAGAUGAGCUAUGGACGCAGUUCCGGGCCCUCGACGCAGACUUCUCCAAGUUCGAAUCCAAAUCGAGCGCACUCAAGGCGAAUGUUGUUCGCAACACUCUGAUUCCCUUCCUGCGAACAUACUCUUGCCAUCCUUCCAACAAAAUGCUACGCCCAGAAGAUCUCGAUCGCCGCGCUAGCAUCUUCAACAAAUGGUGGACCGGCCUGCUUGAAAUGCUCGCCGGCAAGAACAACCAGUCAAUCUCUGGAACUGACAGGCCUGUCGUUCUCGAUGGCAUCUCUGGCAUCAUGGAGAGACCAGAGUGGAGGCUCACCCCUUCGCCAUUCUGUCCCCUCAACGAACGCGUCAAGGCCUCUAUGGGCAAUGGUAGCCGCUCCAACACUUCGCUAACGUCAAGCUCGUCAGACUUCCUGGCCGAUUCGGUACAUCACAACGUUCGCAACAACUUCAUUGCGAACCUGACUUCGCAGAUGGCUUUCGUUGUCGACAAGAUGUCACUGCGGAACGCUUCUGCGAGCCUGGUCACGUUCUGUGGCAAAGCCUGCGCAUACGCAUUCGUCUUCGUCCCUGGCAUGGCUGAUGUUCUAGUGCGACUUUGGGAACUGCCCAUCGACGAUGUGCGCCGCGUUUUACAGGAGAAUGGCAUCAGCAAAUUCGACCACAUUCCAGAGCACGUUUCUGCGACGAUUGUGCCGAACUUCCCCCCUGCUCUGCAGCAGCUGGGCUUCGACUCGCUCGCGAAGUUUUCGAGAAAGAUGCGUACCCCUCCGCCGCUGCCGGUCGGCACGGCACAUAUACAGUGGUGGGGCCACUGGGUUGAACGCUGGAGCGGACGCGAAAGUGACCUUUUCUACGUCUUCACCAAACACUACCACAUUCUUGCCGUCGACUUUCUGCCUUCAAACACUACCAAGCUGGAACGCAUUUGCGCACCUUGCAUGGUCCCAGUCCAUGCGCAAAUCUUAGCCAACCUCGAGUUGACCAUUCAUCGCGAUGCAAACCACGCGCAGCAAGAUCUCAACGCCGCACCAACGCCAACGUUUGAUGACGUUCUUGGAGACCCCAAUAUCCACGCUUCAUCAUUACCUGUACCACCAACUAAUGCUGUAAGACUAAUGGCCGAGAAUCGGCUUAUAAUGCUAAUCCGAGAUUUCCUUUCCGAGCGGACUGCCGAUCACCCGCUUGCGAGAGAACUAUUCGCGCAGUCAUUCAAUGAUCUGCUGCAAGCAGCGGCUCGCGGAACGUCCAUGUUCGAUCACUCUGCUUGCUAUACCAUGCUAGACUUCCUCGAGGAAGCACUCGUGCUUUUAGUGCGCUACGACAGCCUUCGAUCCUCGUCCGACUCACUGGUCAACUCCAAAUUUUGGCAGGCUGUGUUCAAGAAGAUGAUUGAAAGCGAGAAUACGAUGACUGAGAUUCGCCUGUAUGCUUUCCUCUUCACCAUUUGGCAUGUUCUCAUUGGCCAUCCGGACCGCAAGCGAGACCUUUGCAUGGAUCUCCUGCUAGAGCCGGAUGUCUUCGAGAGCAGGUUCAAUCACUGGUGCCCAAUGGUACGAGCAUAUUACAUGCGUCUACUUUGCUGGCGUCUUGGCCGUUACGACGAAGAAGCGUCAUUGGAGCUCGAUAUCCUCGAAACGCUGCAGCAACGCCUUACGCAUACUUGGUCGCACUACACGUACCUACGGGACAAGGCCGAACAGGAAAACAGCUCGCGCCCAGAAUGCUAUCCUUGCCACCCGGCUCCAGGUCGAAGGCUGCUCAUCAUGCGUACUGACAAUAUCAUCAGCCCCGCAGGGUCUCUUAUCACAUUCGACGGGCUCAUCAAGGAUGCCAACAUAAAGAUGGCCAAGCGUACGGCAGCUGCACCGGGAAUGCUCGAAAAUCUCGACUUAAGGCCUGACUCCUCUUCAUCGAACAUGGAUUCUGACCAGGAAUCAAAUGGCAAGGGUUUCCUGGGUACUUUGAAGAAGAUGAUCGGGGGCGGUGCGAAGAAGAAUGCUUCGAAAACCAAGUCAGUGACGACUACGUUGCGAGACUCGCCUCACCAUACUAGUCCUGAGCGCACUGGAAAGGAUGUUUCAUCCGUUGUGGACAGCACAGAAUCCAGUCCAAAAGCAUGCGCAGAGAAGCCGAAGCAUCGAAGUUUGAGCUUCAAAUUCUCGCUCGAAUUCCAUCCGAGUAACAAGCCUCUCCCGCCGAUGCGCUUAUUUCCUCCGAGGCUUCCUGGACCAGCACAUCGGCUACUUCAGGAGCGCUCAGAUGUGGUUUCGCAAGUGGGUCUUCCUGUAAAGCCUCGUGGUGCGAGUAUUGCGAGGGCAAAGUAUGCUGGUAGGGCGUUGGCGGAGUGGACUAUCGUUGUUGGAGAAUACGGUAGCUUCUUUGAUAGAAGAUUGAAGGAGGGUGUUCCCGAGCGCAAAUGGGUAGAGACUCCCACGUUGGGAGUAGAGGUUUUCAAAAGGCCGUCAUAAUUGGAGGUGAGGCCGCUGAUGAUCAACGAGAGUUUGCAAGCAUCGUGAGCGUACUAGUUGCAUUGAAUGUCGGUGACAUGGCGCUGGGGAUUUCUUUUCUGAAUGACGCGCUGAGGAUUGCGCGUCGAUAUCGUUCUCUGGCGGAUGUGUGCACAAGAUCUAGCAUAUAUGAACAUAUCUGUGCCUGCGCAACUGGAAGUCUAGGCGCAGCUUGGCAGCAGCUUCGCGAACACAUUUUAUUCCAUAUCCAACCUCGGCUGACAUUGUGCAGCUUGCAAAUCACAUUUGUAUACCUUAUGCAUAGUCUGCAGAACGGC